AUGUCUGAUGCAGAGUAUUCCAAUCCAAAUACCUACUGCUAUGCAUACAUUUACUAUAAGCAUCAUCAUUUUGCUCACCUGGUUACUUUUAAAUCUUUGCAUGUGAUUGCUGACUUUCAACUUCAUGGUCUCGCUUCCUUGCAUUUUUCAAAGAAAUCGGCGUUCUUUGAGCUGCAUGUGGAUUUUCUUUCAGCUGGUGGAUGUAGUUCCUAUACAUUCAGCGACGUCGACAACAAUUCAGAACUGAUUAGGGCAGACAGAGAUAGUUAUGAAACUGAUGGAAAAGAAAUUGUUAAACCUUUUCUGUCCGAUGGGUGGGAGAAUGUUUUUGAUGAUCCUAACAAGCUUUUUCAUGGUGGUGUUGAUGCUGUUCGGUUGGCCUGUCAAAAGUAUUGUUUGAAGACUGGGUAUCGCGUAACAAAGGUGAAGAAUGAUCGUGAAAGGUUCACAAUGAAAUGCAGUAAAGUCCCAUGCACUUGGAUGAUCCAUGCAGUUGCUAUUGAUUCUACUUGCGAUGUUUUUAGGAUAAAAAAGUAUGUUGGGAGGCACACUUGUGGAGCUGGUGUGAAGUUGAGAAGUCCUAAAGUAUCGAAGAAGCUGGUAAACAACCUUAUUCAUGAUCGUGUGAUGCACAACCCACUUAUCAAGCCCCGCGAAAUUGAAGAUUAUAUAAAAGUUGGUGCUGGUGUUAAUAUAAAAUAUCACCAUGCAUAUCAUGGUUUGGAACGGUCACACCAUGAAAUUUUUGGGAAUGAUGUAAAGUCUUACUCUGAUCUGGUUUGGUGGGUGAAUUCAUUGAAAGAAACAAAUCCUGGUUCUUAUGCGGAUUUUCAGUUUAGCGAUCCAACUCAGACAUUUGAAAGGUUAUUCAUUGCAAUAGGCGCUUGUAUUGAAGGUUUUUAUCCGCUAGCCUUUGCAUUGGUCCCAGGAGAGGAUGUUGACAAUUGGGAUUGGUUUAUGUGCAAUCUUAGCAACAUUGUUGAUGACCGUCCUAUCACCUUUAUGUCUGAUCGUCAUGAAGGAUUGUUGAGGGCUAUUCCUAAACACUUUCCUACUUCCCAUCAUGGCUAUUGUUACUACCACUUGCAAGGAAACUUACCAAUCAGGAAAUCGGUCGAGAAGUACAAAGAAGUUAUGGAUUGUUUCAAAAAAGCAACUUAUGCUCUCACACCAGCAAGAUAUGAAGAAGCACUAAUGGAAAUGGAGUUAAUGGGAAGGCCUGGGGUUGCUGAGUAUUGCCGCAAUAUGCCUAGGGAACAUUGGUCCAGCGCGUUCUUCACUGGCUGUAGAUUUGGUCAGACUACAUCAAGCGUUGUUGAGUCCUUCAAUAAUUGGAUUCGGAAAGACAAGAGGUUGCCUGCCUGCGCCCUCGUUGACAUGAUCAGGUUUGUUACGCGUUAUGGAGUUGAUGAAUGA